AUGGAGAUCUUUUUCGCCUGCGCCAAACUCGGUGCCUAUGCGACCUUGAUCAAUUAUGCAGCUUCUGCAUCCGAGUUAAACGCGGCGCUGUUAUCAACAAGUCCUAAGAUGUUAUUCACAACCUUGACCACGUCACGAUAUGACUAUAUCUCCAUGUUGAAUGGCUUAACGGACAGGUUUUCGAGUUUGGAACACAUCAUCAUCCUGGAAGAUAUAUCGGGGACUCCGUACCACACUUCUGAAAGAGGAUUCUUAAGUUAUCAAGAACUUUUCCAUUCCAGCACUAGCACUGCAACAGACAUGGACAAGAUUGAAAGGAAUGUCAAGUGCGCAAGCAUUCUGAACUUACAGUUCACGUCUGGAAGCACAGGAUCGCCAAAAGCUGCAGCUCUCACCCACCACGGCAUGGUCAACAGCGCGAGAUUCAUCGGCAUACAGAUGAAUCUCAAACCUACGGACAGGAUCGUCAUCCCUGUCCCGUUGUUUCACGCUUUUGGGUUGAUUAUAGGUGUCUGUACCGCCUUCGUCCAUGGAGCAAGCGCUGUAUUACCGUCGGAGUAUUUCGAUGCAGGCGCUACACUGUCGGCCGUUGAUAGAUUCCAAUGUACCGGUCUAUACGGUGUUACCACCAUGUUUGUCGAUGAAAUGUCACAUCCACUCUUUACAUCCACCAAGCGCACUUCUCUCCGAUUUGGCAUAAUGGCAGGCUCUGCGAUGCAUGAAGAAUUGCUGAACCGGGUCAUGACGUCCUUCCCCAUCCCGGAGCUAUACACAAACUGGGGAAUGACCGAGCUAUCGUCCAUCGCCACGAUGACGGUGACCGAUGACUCCAUGGAGAAAAUGCUCAAGACUGCUGGGAAGCUAUUGCCCCAUUUCGAGGCCAAGAUUGUCGAACCCAAUACCGGCCGGACGCUCCCUUGGGGCCAACGCGGUGAAAUCGUGGUCAGUGGCUUUGGAGUCAUGCACUCUUACUAUGGCAACGAGAUUCAAACCCGCAACACAAUCCGCACACACCCUGAGGAUCUUCUCCCUGGCCAGUUGGGACUCGACGACAACGGUUGCCCGAGAAGGUGGAUGCACACUGGGGACGAAGGUUAUCUCGAUGACGACGGCUACUUUGUCAUCACGGGUCGCAUCAAGGACCUCAUCAUCAGGGGUGGUGAGAACAUCUCGCCAAUGGAGAUCGAGGCGAGGCUUUACGAGCACCCUUUGGUCAAGCAAGCCGUGGUUUUUGGGGUGCCCAGUGGUAGAUACGGCGAGGAGGUGGCGGCCAUGUUGGAGCUGGAGGACAAGUGCGUCGAGCGACCAUCGGACAAGGAAAUAAAGUCUUGGGUCAGGGAGUCUCUGUCACGAUACAAGGUACCGGUGCACAUUUGGUGGCUGGGCGACAAAGGACUAGGAAUACCGACGGAGUGGCCCAAGACGACAAACGGAAAGUUGAGAAAGGCAGAUAUUCGGGCCAUUGGCGAAGCUUUAUUGAGGUCCUGUGUUGCUGAGAAACAGCUUGUACCGUCACUCUGA